AACUACUUGUCAAUCAUUUCGGAGUAUCUUGAUAAUAUCAACUUGUAGUCAUUAGUAGACUAUAGUGUUUUUUUUAAUUUAUUGAGACUAAGAAAUGAAAAAAUAUAUUUAUAACUGAUAAUAGAAGUUUCCAAAUUCUAUUGUUGUUAAAUUAUGUGUAACGUGGAUAGUAAUUAGUGAUAGAUAACCUAUUUUUAUACCAGUACAUAUUAUUAUCUUUAUAAAAAAUAAUUUAACACUUUUUUGCAUCAUUUUCUGCUCAUCAUUAUAACUAUUAAAUACAUUAUCAAGGCAAUAAUAAUUGUAGAUAAACUGAAUCAUAUCUUAUAAACUAACAACGCAAAUAAUUGUGAUAAUCAUCACCGGACGACAUCAUCGAGUCUUCUUAUCAUUAAAAAAUAUCUAAAAUAUUUUGGACAAUGGCAUUAUUUAAACAAGUGAAAGAAUGAAAGAACAAUAACUAUUGCAAUGAUAAAACAAUAAUGAAUGUUAUAAUUAUGUAAAAUUAACGAUAACAAUAGAUAAAUUGUUCAAGUGUUUUAAAGGACUACAUGUUAAUCCAUUAUGUUAUUGCAAUGUCUAUAUCUUUAACAAUGGACUGGACACUAAAAAUAAUCUAUAACGAGAUGAAAUAAACAGUUCAUAUAACCUAAAUUUAAUAAUAAUAUCAAGAAAUAUCUUUAAUUAGUGUAAUAUAGAAUAAAAACUUAAUGAGUAACAAAAUGGCCAAUAUUUGUAGAAAAUGGAGAAUAUGGAUACUGCCAGUGUUGACAGGGUUGUACACAUUAUUAAUAUGUAUACUUGUGCCGAUAUUGCUAAGAAAUUCAAUGAAAAAUGGCUUUAACAAAGAAGACCAAGGAGCAUUGAUUGGUGGUGCUUUUGUGCUAUUGUCAUUACCAAUAGCUUUUUAUGAAAUAAUACAACAUAUGAUUCAUUAUACACAACCGAGAUUACAAAAAUAUAUCAUUAGAAUAUUGUGGAUGGUACCAAUUUAUGCUGUUAAUGCUUGGCUUGGAUUAAUUUAUCCAGAACAAAGUAUUUACGUUGAUAGUUUACGUGAGUGUUAUGAGGCUUACGUUAUUUAUAAUUUUAUGAUGUACCUGUUGGCCUACCUCAAUACUAUUGAACAUCAACUUGAAAACCGUCAUGAAUUACCCGUACAGCAGCAGGUUAAACACAUGUUUCCUUUGUGUUGUUUGCCCACUUGGCGAAUGGGACGUGAAUUUGUUCAUAAGUGUAAACAUGGAAUUCUCCAGUAUACUGUUGUUAGACCUUUAUCAACACUUAUUUCAUUCAUUUGUGCGUUGAAUGAUGUUUAUGGUGAAGGCGAGUUUCGUGGAAAUGUUGCAUUUCCUUAUAUGAUUGCGUUAAAUAAUCUGUCGCAAUUCAUAGCCAUGUACUGCUUAGUAUUGUUCUACCGAGCCAAUUCUGAAGCCUUAAAGCCAAUGAAACCAAUUGGAAAGUUUCUAUGUAUCAAGGCUGUUGUGUUCUUUUCGUUUUUCCAAGGAGUUAUAAUAACGAUACUUGCAUAUUUUGGCAUCAUAUCUAGUAUUUUUGAUGCCAAUAACACCGAUGAUGUCCGGCAUAUAGCUUCGAAACUUCAAGAUUUCUUGAUCUGCAUUGAAAUGUUCUUAGCAGCGAUAGCUCAUCACUACAGUUUUAGUUACAAAUCAUACGUAAAUCUAUCUCAAACUCAAGCUUGGUGGGAUGCAUUUAGAGCGAUGUGGGACGUAUCAGAUGUUCAUAAUGACAUUAAAGAACAUUUAGGUGUUGUUGGAUCGUCAUUGAGUCGUAGGAUACGUGGACGAAAUAAUUAUGAUCAUAGUCAUUACGAGCAUGAUACUUGGGCAAGUGCGACAGAAAGAACAUCACUUUUGCCAGAUCAAAUUCAAUAUACGGCAACCAUUAUUAAAGGUUCAUCGUCAUUACCAACGUCAAGUCAAGCUACUUGUCUUUCCUCUUCCACAUCAUCGUCAGGAUAUAAUAAUAAUAGUGAUUCUGGUACUCGAGGUGAUCAUUUAUAUCAACGUCAGCCAUCAACAGAGUCUACGAUCAACGAAAAUACCAUAGAUACUUAUUACAGUACAGAGAGUAAAAGUAAUUACGUCAAUACGUAAUGAAGUCAUAUUUUUUAUAUCAUUAAAUGCUAAGGAAAUUUUAAUUUUUAUUUCAAUGAAUAUACCAAAUAUUUUUUGUGUACAUAAGUACUAAAUUUUAAUGAAAUAUCCAAGAAUAAUUGAGAAGUAAUAAAAUAUUUAGGAAAAAACAGUCGAAGAAUUAAGGCUUUAUAUUGAUCAUGAAUAGGAGUGAAAUAUUAAUAUUUGUGAUAUUUAUUGUAAGAAUUUUCAUAGUUUUAUAUCAUUCAGUAUACGAAAAAAAAACAAACAAAUGUAAUUAUUCAGGAUUGUAGUAAUUA